UUCUUCCUACCUUGUCCUCUCUAGCCCCAAAACAAUUUGGAAACAUGAAGUGGGUAAUAUUCAUUCCUUUGCUUUGCUUGGUAAGCUUUGCUGAAUUGAAAAACAUACCCCGAAGAUAUCGGCAUGUUGAUGACCAUCAUUUGACCAUCAGUCUUGCCUCUCAAAUAUCAGCUGCUGAUUUUGGUGCUGUUACCUUAAUUUUAGUCACUCAAAGUAUACCAAAUGUCACACUUGAGGAUGUGAAAAAAUUGUCCGCAGAUGUUACAGCACUUCACCAGAAAUGUGUUGCUGAUGGAUUUUCAGGCCCACAAUGUGCAAAGCCUUUGGGUAUAGUUUUUCUGGAUGUACUCUGCCAUGAUGAAGAGUUUUCCAACAAAUAUGGAAUUAAUGACUGUUGUGCUAAGGCUGAUCCAGACAGAAAUGAAUGUGUUUUGUCCAAUAAAAUCUCAUCUAGAGGAAGUAUUCCUCCCUUUGUUCAUCCUACUGCAGAACAAGCUUGCCAAGUAUAUGAGAAUAACAGAGAUGCUGCUCUAACCCAGUAAGUCAGUUGGCUGCAAGUUAUAGCAUAGA